AUCUACAGGCGGAGAAGUGGGCGAGGACUUUCCCCGGCAUAUACAUGUGGCUCGACGGAUUGUCAGCCUUUUACAAUGUGCACAGAGACUUGCCAUGGCCCUCCAAACUAAGGCACUGGUGUCGGGAAGGUGGCUUGCAGAUGCCAUCAAAGGCAAUCGGAUUGGACCUAACCUGCGCGUACUGGACGCUUCUUGGUACUUGCCAAAACUUUCGCGUAAUGCCAAGAAGGAUUUCAAAAAGACGCACAUUCAUGGCGCACACUUUUUUGAUAUAGACCACUGCAGUGACAGAAACACUCCUCUUGAUCAUAUGCUCCCCCCUGUUCGAAGGCUUGCGGAAUAUGCCGGAGAACUGGGUAUUGGCAAUGACACGCAUGUAGUAAUUUAUGAUGCCAGCGAGUUUGGAGCUUUCUCUGCACCGCGCGUCUGGUGGAUGUUCCGAGUGUUUGGCCACAAUUCUGUGUCAGUCCUCGACGGUGGUCUCAAAAAAUGGUUAAACGAGGGACAUCCUGUCACUGACGUCAAGUCGAAAGCGGAACCAUCUGAGUUUCGACCAACUCUUAACCGGUCAUGGGUGAAAACAUACGAGGACGUGCUAAAAAAUAUUGACACAAAAGAAUUCCAGGUGGUGGACGCUCGACCUGCAGGGAGAUUCCGUGGGGUUGACUCCGAGCCGAGAGAUAACACUGAACCCGGACACAUCCCGGGCUCCAUCAGCAUGCCCUUCACUUCCUUCUGGGGCCCCUCAGGUGAGCUGCUGCCCCCCCACCAGCUGAAGGACCUGUUCGGGAGGGCCGGGGUGGACCUCGGCCGGCCCGUCUGUGUGACCUGUGGCUCGGCUGUCACGGCCUGCCACGUGGCGCUGGCCGCCCACCAGUGCGGCCACCCCGGCGUGACCGUCUACGACGGAGCCUGGUCCGAGUGGUAUGCCAGAGCGGCCCCGGAAAACGUGAUCUCCGAAGGUCGAGGGAAGCACAGAUGAUCUUUGGGGGAAAAAGUCAGCAUGGAUCAAAGCCAUUUGUGUUGUCAGAGCCCCUGUGGUGCUGUGUUAGAUUGACACAGUGGAGAACUCAUUUGGAUCAUGCAGGAGCAGCACAUCUCGCACAGUCUUAUGUUUUUCCAUUUGAUCUGGAGAUGUUUUCUCUGUCACAGCAGGAUAUUAAGUAUUAGUCUUGUAGGUACAGUCACCGGAGAGCCAGCCUGACAUUCUUCAGGCUAAUUCAUUUAAUUGUCAGAUGAAUGCUAGUUGAGGACAACUUUGAUAAAUGGUUCAUUGUUCAAGAUACAUUAUGUUCAUGGGUUUGAAUUGCUGUAAAGUGCUUCCGAAAAAGAUUAAACAAUGCAUUACACGUGAAAAAAAAAA